AUGGAUCUGGCGUCCAACCCUCUCUACGAUCUCCCCAAUUCCUCCGAUGCCAACUCCGAAUCCACCUACACCUCUUCUAUCGAUGAUGUCCCGCCCGCCGUCGCCAUGCCCACGGCGGCCAUCCUACAAACCGUCAACAUCAAAUCCCACAUCCCCGUUGAGCUCGACCUCGCCGAUUCCAACUACGCCGAAUGGCGUUGCUUCUUCGAUGCUUUCAUUGGGAAGUUCGGCCUCCGUUCUCACCUCUCCUCUCCGCCAACCCCCAAGAACCGCCGUGAUCGCGAGUGGGUGAUGCGCGACCAAUGCAUCCUCAGCUGGCUCUACAACUCGGUGUCCAAGGAUGUCCGCGCCCUCGUUCGUGUUCCGUGCUCCACUGCCUACACCAUCAGGAACUCCAUCCAUGAGCAGUUCCGCGACAACGAGCUGCAUCACGCCGUCUACCUCGAGGCUGAGUUUUGCAGUCUCGUUCAGGAGGACAUGGACAUCGCCGCCUACACCGGUCGGCUCAAACAGCUUGCCGAUGCUCGCGCGACCUCGGGCAACCUGUCGGAGAGGCAGGCAGGUGCUCAACAUGCUUCGUGGCCUCAACUCCAAGUUCCGCCACGCCGUUCGGUCAUCGCCACCGAGAACCCACCUCACACCUUCCUCUCGGCUCGCUUCGUACUUACUGUUGGAGGAGAAUACGACCCAUGA